AUGAAUGAUAUUGAUUUUCGAACAUUAACUUAUCUUGAACAACAAUUAAAACAACAGUACCCUGAUAUACGUGUUCAUCAAGCAAUUGCUUCGACUUUUGCUAAGUUUGUUGAUCACAAUUCAUUUUUACCAUGUCAAUGGAUAUAUAAAAUUCAUCAUUCAUUACAAGCUCAAGCAUUAACUGGAAUACAAAUUGUUUGUUAUGUUUGUCUUUUAUAU